AUGGAUUGGUGGAAUAAUUAUCAUCAAACACAGGCAACACCAAAAUCAACAUCAGAUGAUGGUUCCGAUGAUAUAGAUUAUUCAAAUCUUUUUGUGGAUUCCCCUCCACAGCUUUCAUUGUUUGGCAUUCACAAGAUCAUUACUGCAAAAUUUGUGAAUUCCAGUUUAAACGAAUUUAUGUAUUUACCAUCCAAACGCAGCUCGACAAUGUCUUUUUACUUUCUCACUGUUGUGAAUCAGUAUGGGUUCAUGAAAAUUGACUGCUCCCACGUUUUUAACACAUUAGAGCCAUCAAAAGCAAUUACAAGAACCAUCGUUUUAGGAAAAUAUAAUUUAGAGGAGCAAAGAGUUACAUGGGCUGCCAGGCAAUCAAUUGAUUUUUACUAUGGUCGACCUUUUGCUUAUGUUACUAAUAAUGACGAAAUCAUCAUUGUUUGCAAUGUCAAAAACGACAAAGGUAUUUACUCUAAACAAUUCUAUCAAAUUAAAGGAGACACAGACGAAGAACCAAGAUUUGAGACGCUCAACACUAGCAAGGAGGUGAAUAUUGUUAUGGAAGGUUCUAUAGAUAGAUUUGACACCAAUUUUAAUCACACAGAUAAUGGAUUUGUUGUCUAUGGAGCAAAGAGUAUUAGAAAGACCAAUUCUUUAUAUGACUCGAGUAAGGAAAAUUUACAUCUUGAAUCAUCUGUGAUGGCCACUUUUUACAGAGAUGGUGCAUCCAAGUGGAAUGUAAAGAUUGCCUAUGAUGACAAAGAUUUCUUCGAGAUGCAUAACAUUAUGGUCUCUUCUGUGACGCAACCUAAUCAAGAUCCUCUAAUGGUAGCUUUUAACUUUCUUGGCACAGGAGAAUUAAAAACAUUUGACACAGCUUUAGAUAAUUUUAUUACUCAAAGAUACUAUGGAGACGGAAAACGCCCUUACUACAAAAUUAGUAGUCUUUACUCUGCUGUGGCCGUUAUGUCAGUGACAGAGCAAGGAAUCUUUCAAGAAAUGUUUACAUUAAGAACGUAUCCUACUGAUAACGUCACAAAUCCUAUGAUUACUUUGAGAAAAUUUUUUUAUGAUUCCAAAAAACAGACCUUUAUAUUGUUGGCAUUUGUAUCAGGAGCUUUAGGGUUUACUAAAACAUCAAAUACUGGUACUGUAAAUGGUUUCAUACUGUACAAUAAUGCCUCUUUUGUAGGAAACUACGUAAUUGUUACUUAUGAAAAAGGAAAAACACCAACCUGCGUCAAAACCUCUUACGUGGGUGAUGAUCCUAUCAUCACUAGUGCCUAUUUUAUUAGCAAAAGGACGCUUCCAAUUUCAAAAGACACUGCCCUAUUUUACCUGGAGGUUUUUGACACAAAAACUGGUUCUCUGAUUGACUCAAGUAAGCUACAAAUUCAGUGUGAAAACCCUCUCGAUUUGAAAUUCUCCAUUUUAUAUGAAAAGAGGAGAUAUUUGAUUGUAAAAGGAACAACCCAGAAUCCUUUAGUAAUAGUGAAUAAUCGGUAUUACAUUAGGUCCUCAAAGCUGCAAAACGAGUUGGUGUUUAUUCUUUACUUGAAUACUCACCCUCCUUCAACAUUAUAUGACUACAGUUGCAACCAAAAAUUGGUCUGUAGAGAGCGUGAUGGAGAAAAUUUAUGUAAUGGUCACGGUACUUGCAGACUUGAUGGUUCAUGUGGCUGUGAAGCCUACUAUUUGGGAACUUACUGUGAAACAUAUUUUUAUGUUCAAUUUAUUGUAAUUAUUAGCGUGGUUAGCUUUUUAUUAGUUGUUUUUCUUGGAAGUUUUUCCACAUUUCUAGGCUUAUAUUUCUAUAGAUCUAUCAAUAACAGACUAACAAAGCUUAAAAAAAAAGAACAAGCAGAGCAAGAGUUGGAACAAAAAUUGCUCGAAUACGAAGGCCUCCAAAUUACUGAGAGGGCAAUUGAUCUCAAUACAUGGAUCAUUCCAUUUGAUCAGCUUACUAUUGAACGAGAAAUUGUUAGCACCUCAGGAAAAACCGUUCUUCAAGGAAAUUGGAAAGGAACAAUUGUUGCCGUGAAAAAAGUUCAGUUAAACGAAUCUGUGGAUUAUAUGGGUGAGAGUCAAGAGUUACUGUUGGAUAAAUCGCUUGAAAGGGAGGCUUCCAUUUUGAGUAGAGUGAGACAUCCAAACAUCUUACGUUUUUGGGGACUAUGUUUUACGAAAACAGACCAAUUUUUGGUCACUGAGCUGUUUGAUUAUAGUUUAGACUCACUCAUUGAAGAUCUUCGAAAAAAUUCAUUUUAUUUACCAACACAAGUGAAGAUUCAAAUUUUACAUGACAUUGCUUGUGCAAUGACUUAUUUGCAUGAAUUCCAACCUCCAAUUCUUCACAGAAACAUUAAGCCAUCAAUAAUAAUGCUUUGUGAUGACAUCAAAUAUGGAAAAGUUCUAACUUCCAUCAAACCUAAAAUUGCUGAUUUUGGUUUGAGUACUCAUUUAAGGGAAGACAAUAUUCUCACCAUGCAAAUUGGUACUGUUCUUUAUUCAGAUCCUCUUAUUUUCAAAGGUGAAAGGUAUUCUGAAAAGUGUGAUGUGUACAGUUUUUCCAUGUUAAUGUAUGAACUAUUUUUCGAAACAGAGCCAUAUUCAUCCUCUGAAAAAGUUGGUGAAGUGAAAGAACAAUACAAUCAUUACAGUGUUCUUCCAUCGAAGAUUGUUGAAGGAUAUAGACCAAAAAUACCAUUCUCUAAGGCUCUUGAUUCUAUUGGAGACUGGAUGGAAGCUAAUUUGGAGCUAGUGAAUGAGAGAAUUAUUGAUCCAGAGUUUUUAGCGAGAAGUAUUCAGUCCUUCAUUGAGCUCAUGAAGAAGUGUUGGUUGGGUGAUCAAGAUGAAAGACCUUCCUUUAGAGUCAUUCAGGAUACCCUUUCUCAAAUUCUGAAAGGAGAGACUCAAACCAAGUAA